UCUCAAGUUCUUAAGUGGCGACUAGCGACGCCCUCAUCAUUAGCAUCACUCAAGCACGCCUUCUUCUUCUUCUUCUUCUUCUUCACCAUCAUCAUCAUCAAUGUCUUCUCCAUUUCUCUUCCCCUUAAUCCAAUCCACUGUAAUCCCUAACCCUUCACCUUUCUUCUCUCCCAACCUUCUCUCUUCCCCACUUCCCACUAAUUCCUUCUUCCAGAACUUCGUCCUCAACAAUGGCGACCAACACGAGUACUUCCAUCCUUACCUCGUUAAAUCCGCCAACUCUUCUCUUUCUCUUUCCUACCCUCUCAUGUUCUUCAGUACCGCCCUCUUGUACCAGGUCUUCGUCCCUGACCUAACCAUCUCUUCUAAAUCGAGCUCUCGAUAUAGUUCCUCUCACAGAUCACAUGUAGUUUCUUCCUACAGUGAUCUCAGUGUCACCCUCGAGUUUCCAUCAUCAAAUCUCCGAUUCUUUCUUGUGAAAGGAAGCCCCUUUAUCACCGCCGAGGUCACACGGCGGACUUCGGUUUCUAUCUCCACCGUCCAUGCCAUAUUGUCGUUCUCGUCCAGUGAUUCUCUCACAAAGCACACCGUUCGGCUUGAUAACAACCAGACGUGGCUCAUCUAUGCUUCUUCGCCGGUUCAUUUCAGCCGUACGUCAUCGUCCGAGAUUACCUCCGAUGAUGGGUUUUUCGGCGUCAUUCGAAUAGCAGCGUUGCCGGAUUCGGAGAAUCCGAGGUCCGAGGAAACAUUGGAUCGAUUCAGUUCUUGCUACCCUAUUUCUGGUGACGCUGCUCUGAAGAAACCCUAUCGUGUUGAGUAUAAAUUUCAGAAGAGAAGCUCCGGCGAUUUGCUCCUGCUCGCACAUCCUCUUCAUCUCAAACUUCUUUCUGAAACAGAAAGCAAUUGUACUGUUCUUCACGAUUUCAAGUACAGAAGCAUCGACGGCGAUCUUGUCGGAGUCGUCGGGGCUUCAUGGGUUCUAAAAAUAAACCCAAUUCCUGUAUCGUGGCAUUCUACAAAAGGAAUCAAACAAGAUUCCGACAAAGAAAUAAUCUCAGCACUUAUCAAAGACGUGAAGGAUCUGAAUCCAUCAAACAUAUCAACGAAUUCGUCUUAUUUCUACGGGAAGCGAGUCGCAAGAGCUGCGAGACUCGCACUCAUAGCAGAGGAAAUAUCAUAUCCUCAUGUGAUACCUAAAAUCAAGAACUUUCUGAAGCAAUCCAUCGAGCCAUGGUUGUACGGAACAUUCAAAGGAAACGGUUUCCUCUACGAGAAAACAUGGAAAGGUCUUGUUACCAAACAAGGUUCUUCAAGUACAACAGCAGAUUUUGGAUUUGGGAUUUACAAUGAUCAUCAUUAUCACAUAGGCUAUUUCAUAUACGGCAUGGCAGUUCUUGCUAAGAUCGACCCAGAUUGGGGGGAAAAGCACAAGCCUCAAGCUUAUUCACUAGUGGAAGAUUACGUCAACCUGGGAAGAAACUCAAACCCAUAUUACACUAGUCUGAGAUGUUUUGAUCUUUAUAGUUUGCAUUCAUGGGCAGCUGGUUUAACAGAAUUUGAGCAUGGACGAAACCAGGAGAGUUCAAGUGAAGCAAUAAAUGCAUACUAUUCAGCGGCUUUAAUGGGUUUAGUUUAUGAAGAUUCAGACUUGGUAGCAACUGGUUCAACACUCACAGCACUGGAGAUUCUUGCAGCUCAGACAUGGUGGCAUGUGGAAGAAUCAAAUGACAUGUAUGGCAAAGAGUUUGUGAAAGAGAAUAGGAUAGUGGGGAUCUUGUGGUCUAACAAGAGAGACAGUGUAUUAUGGUGGGCUCCAGCAGAUUGCAGAUCUUGCAGACUUCUGAUUCAGGUUUUGCCUUUAACACCGAUCACAGAGGUGUUAUUUUCAGAUGUGGGCUACGUGAAGGAGCUUGUGGAAUGGACAGAGCCUGAUCUGAAAACCGCUGAAGAAUCAUCGAAAGGGUUUACUUUUGCAUUGGAAGGGAUUUAUGAUAAGGAAAAUGCAUUAGAGAAAAUCAGAAAAUUGAAAGGUUUUGAUGAUGGGAAUUCUUUGACUAAUCUCCUUUGGUGGAUUUACAGCAGAGGUCAGGGUAAUACGUCCCAAUCUUGAAACAGAGUACCCCUGUUUCAGGGCAUGUGAUGUUGUUAGUUGCUUUUGUUUCGUUAUUGUUUGGAAGUGUUCGUUUCUGGUGGCUCUCCACAUUCAAAAGAAAUUGUUAGUUAAUGUUUCUGAUGUAUCAUUGGGAAGAUACAUGCAGGCUUACUUUUUAUUUUAUCGUGUAAUCUUAUAGGAAUAUUCUAUUGUGUAAUCAUAUUGGAAUUUCAGAUUGGGUUUAGCACCUACCAACAAUAACAAGGAUAAGGUUUCUGUUUGUUGCUUAAAAAAAAAAAAAGUUCAUUUCUAAACAAGUUCAAAUCUAUUUAAAAUUGUUCAUCACCCCUCCUCUCUAAUCUUAUUUAUGAAUUAAUUUUAACAAGUUUCA